CGUUGGCAGCACAGCGCGUGCAUAGCACAGCCCAGCCCCGUCCUCGUUGGGAAUAGGAGGCACAUGUGUAAUCCCGGGGGCGCCGAGUAGAGCUGCAGGUACGCCAGGCCGCCUUUGCUUGCCUCUAGACCGCAUUCGCGGCAUGCCCACUGGCAAUUUGGGCUCAGCGCCACUGCCCAAACCGAACUUUCUCUGAUCCCGUAGUCUGUAGUGCAUGUCUCCACCUCACUGGUUGGGGGUUUGGUGUUGCUGACCUGAAUUCCAGAUAUUACGACCGCAAAUUUCUCAAACACUCUCGCCUUCCAUCUUCACCUCCUCCCCCUUUUCCUCUUUCUUCAUCCAUAAUCACUUCUCUCCUUUCCUCCCCCACGCCAGCCGAGUCGCGACGCACCACAUCCAGUCCGCAGAAAUCCUACACAUCGAGCGCGACAAUCUGCUUUCCGGCUUCAGAGAACCCGAGACCCAUACCAAAUACAACAGUCAAAAACAACAACACAGCAACCAGUAAUAAUAAUGUCGGCCCAGCAAUUCUACCAGAACGGCCCUCCGCCGCCGCAGGGCUACGGCAGCCCGCCGCCUCCUCAGGGCUACCCUUCGUACCCCCAGCAGUCUUACGGAACGCCGCCGCCGCCCCAGGGUGGCUACUACCCUCCCCAGCAGCCGCCGAUGCAGUACCCUCCCCAGCAACAGGCACCUCCUCCGCAGAAGGAUGGCGGCGCCAAGAAGGGUUUCCUGGGCGGUAUUCUUGCCUGCUGUGCAUGCUGCGUCUGCUGCGACUGUAUAGGAGACUGCUGCGAGUGCUGUCUCGAGUGCUGCUAAAGGAGCUUCCCAAGGCCGGACGCCAGCGACGGUUCAAACCCAGCAAUCGACCAGCGCCCACACAAGCUCUUGGGCAUCACCGCCAACGCGUCAUGCCGAAUUUGGCGCCCCGAGGCAGCGGCAAGGGUAGUUCCGCACCUGGACGGCGAAAAGGCGGUGGCUUUGCGUGGGCGGUCAGACACAGGAUUAAGUCGUAGACGCACGAACUUAGUUUGAUUGGGGUCCUAGCUUAUACCCUCACUUCACUUGUCGUCUGUUGCUCUAGAUGGGAGCUGGGCCAGCGUCAAGUCUCGCUGGCUGGGAAAAUUGAACUGAAAAAAAGAGAGAAAAACUGCCUGCCGGAUCCUGUAUAUCUUCUUUUUUCACCCUGCGCUUUACUGAAGCGCGCGAGCUCAACACCUCCCUCCGUGGGCUACCUAUUUCCUACUCCUGCUAUUUUUCUGAGGAAAGCUAUAUUAAUUUGAUUUCUUCUGUUUGUCCUUCUCCUUUUCCUGCCUUGUCACUUGCUUCCUCACCUCACGCUCUUUCCGCCCACCCUGGUCAUCUCUCGGGGUUCGAUGUACGGCGCAGUGAUCCGCGUCUGCCAUUUGACCUGUGGCUUCCUUCAAGCCUCGUACGCUCUCUCACCGUAGGGACAUUUGAAUCUCUCAAUGCUUCUUUGCCUCCUGUGUUAAUUCCUACACACAAAAAUCUACCCUGAGACUGCUGCUGUAGCCAAAUGGUCGAAUCAAUGCCCAGUUUCUCGGGUCCCUGUCCACGUAAUAGUGAUAGCUCCCUUCAGUCUUGCUCUUGGGAACUCUACCUAGAGGCCAAUCCGUGAGGUUGAUUCGGACGAAUCAAGAAAAUAUGUGGU